AGUAGGUGCGCAUUCUCCACCCCGUUGCUUUCGCUUCCUCAUAGCGAGGUCAUAUAAAUCAAACAGCUCUGUGUAGUUGUCUCCUGUAGGCGGUAUCCACGCCAAAGACAGGCUGUAAUUAGAGACCGAGGAACCUGCCGUAAGGUAUUUAAUUGAAGACAUUCUGCCCAUCAAGUGAUCCGACUCACCAGGUCCUAUCAUGUGUGAUCCCAGACAAGAUGGCAAUUGGGAGACAGACCAUGCAGCUGAUUUUUCCCUGAUGAACAGUCGCCUGGACUCGUUCCGUGGCUCCAGCCUGGCCCAGCAGGUGCCAGCAGAAAGAUUGGCCCGGGCCGGCUUCUACUUCACCGGCCAUGCCGACCGUGUCUGCUGUUUCAGCUGUCAGAAGACUGUGGAAAACUGGUGCAGAGGAGACACACCUGUAGAGAGGCAUAAAGAGGUUUCCCCAUCGUGCAAAUUUCUCAGCUGUACUCACCGCACCAGCUUUAACCCAAGUUCUGAUACCCCACUGACUAAUGGCUCCGUCUACAGUGAAGAAGCAGAGGACCUGGAGUAUCGUUUGAGAACAGGAGAGGUGGUUGAUGAGUCCACCUACCCUAUGGUUCCUCACAUGAGGAGAGAGGAGUCCCGGCUUCAGACCUUCUCCUCUUGGCCAUCCACUGCACCUGUUAGACCCCAGGAUCUGGCCGAAGCUGGCCUCUACUACUUUGGGGAGAGUGACCGGGUGCAGUGUUUCUGCUGUGGUGGCAUGCUGGGUGGCUGGGAAGCAGGGGACACUGCCUGGGGAGAACAUACCAAACAUUUUCCCUACUGCUUCUUCAUCCUGGGGCACGAUGUGGGCAACGUCCCGUUCCAGGGCAGUACAGAGGAGGAGGGCAGCAGUAGACGACAUGGAAACACUCAAAUCCCUAUGGGCACUUUUGAGGAGAGGCUCGGUAGUUUUGCAGGUGUCCAGCAUCCUAUUGAUCAUGACAGACUUGCCAGAGCUGGCUUCUACAGCACAGGGACUGGAGACAAGGUGCUGUGUUUCCGCUGUGGUGGAGGUUUGAAAGGCUGGCAGCCUGAGGAAGACCCUUGGGAGGAACAUGCCAAAUACUACCCUGGAUGCAGCUUCCUGUUGGCGGAAAAAGGACAAGAAUUUGUCAACAGCAUCCAGCUGCAAGACCCACGACAAAAUAGAGCUGCUUCAAGUCAUCAGAAUGGAUUUUCAGGAGAAAUUGAUGAGGUACUGCGGUCUGCCCUGGCUCAGAAGGCCUUAGGAAUGGGUUUAAAACCCUGUGUGGUGGAAAAGACCAUCAAGGAGAAGAUCAGUAGAACAGGCUCAGGCUACUCCAGCCUGGAGGCACUUGUUGAAGAUUGCCUCAAGAACACACCAGAGAGUGAUACUGCUAGGACAGAGGAGCAAGAUGAGGAUCCGCUGGAGAAAUUAAUGAGACUGCAGAGGGAAAAGCAGUGUAAAAUAUGUAUGGACAGAGAAAUUUGUAUUGUCUUCAUACCAUGUGGUCAUCUGGUCACUUGUGUCGAGUGUUCAAAGUCGCUUGUCAAGUGUCCAAUCUGCUGUGGUGCCAUAUCACAGAAGCUCAAGACCUAUAUCUCUUAAGGGAAUCACAUACUCCAGCUCAACUUCAAUGCUGCUGCUUUCUCACUAUCUUUUAUAAUAUUGUGUUUUAAUAAUAAAUGUAGAUAGUCUGUAAUAUAUUUAAUGACCAUUUUGUCUGUAUGAGAAUGACUAGUAAAGAAGAAAACAAUAUUUUGACAAUCAAGAGAUGGUAAAUAGGUGUUAAUAUUGAUCUGAGAUUAUAAAUAGUCAAUGUUGAUUUUGAUUGAAUACUGACAUUUGUAAAUAUACACUAAAAUACUAUUCUAAUUUGAAAACUGUUCUUGCCAGAGGUGCCUUUCUCUAGCUUUAUGUAUUCAUGUUUUGUUUUGUUGUUUUAUUUUGGACACAGUUAAACUGGAUAUUGGAUGUAAUAUCACUUUCAUUUCAAUAUUAUACACUUAUGUGCCCUGCUCAUUUAUUUUGUCCAAUGUACUUUAUGUUUUAGACUCGAUUUUUGUGUAGACAUCUAUAAGGGCAGAUUAGUAAAUUCACCAAGAUUUUACUUUGUAAUUGGCAAAAUCAACUUUAGUUUGGAGCCUGCAAUUAAUCAGUGUGGUGUGAAAUUAUUUUACCAUUCCAUCAUGCAAUCUCCUGUCAUCAAGAGUGAAUAAAUUACAAUAUUUGGAGUUGA